AUGUCGUUUAAUUGGGCAGAUGAUACCGACGAGGCAAUUGCUGCCGGCGAACUCCCAGAAUUCGCGGGUAGUUACAAAAUCCCUUUCAGCAUCCUCAAUGAAAUUGCAGAACUCCGAGCCAACGUCGGCGAAAUGAUCUGUAAAAAAUUGGGAAUGCAGAACCCGGGCGCGGAGGUACCAGGAAGAGAGGGUAUCACCGAUGAUGAGGUAAAGGAGAAGAAGGAAGCGAAGUUGUGGCCUGGCCGAGGAAAGUGGAGAGUAAAGAGACAGAGUCCUUUGAGAAUGGUCAUGUUGGCCUAG